UUUUUUCUAUUUUUUUUCCUGGCCUACGGACUCGAGCAGCACUGCUCAAACGAUGGAGCGAGUCCGUAGAGCAGUCAGCAGCGCCUUUUCAUUGGCGGCUUCUCGGAAAGCUUUUCAUCGUUUGACUGGUCGCCUCAGACGUGGAAGGAAUCGAGUGCACGUUUUGGUCCCUCAAGGAGAGGUCCUCGCCAGUCAGGACUCCUCGGUCCAGGCAGGAAAGGCGGAGCGGCAGGAGAGCACGGAUAGAGUGCGCGGCGCUCAGGAGUUCAGAUGGAAGCAGUUGUCUGCAUUUGAGGGAAAGCACCAUUCCUCACUAGAGAGGGCGUUUGAAGUGGCGGCACAGACAGCGGAGGAAUCACAGCCUCAGAGGGAUCUGCUGAAGGAAGCAGUUCCUCUGGCAGCGCCAAAGGUUUGCCGCCCGCAGCGGCCAGCCCACAGGGGUCUGGAGAAGCUGCUCCAGGAGUUCUCUCGCCAAGGGCACGCACUGUCCCAGGUGUGCAGAGAGAAGGCGGUGCUGGCGCAAGAGAACGCUGCCCUGGAAGCCCGACUGGCAGCCACGGAGCGGGACCUACGAGGCGUUUCAGAGCAGCUGGCAGAGGCCAGGUCAGAGAAGGAGAGCCUGCAAAGCAGCCUGCUGGAGGCUCAGCAGCACGUAUCAGAGCUGGAGAUAGCCAGGAGCCGUGUGGAAGCCCAAGUGCGCACAGCCACGCAGGCCAAGGAGGCGAUACUGGAGGAUGUGAAGGGCCUUCGUCGUGAGCUGCUGGCUGCGAGACAACAGCUGGAACAACAGAGGUUGGAGGCGCAGAAGAAGAUGGAGCAGCUGGCAAACGCCCUGACAGAGAUGGACGCAGGAUCUGCCAUCAAAGCUGCCGCUGCAGCAGCAUCCUCCGAAGAAGCCUCCUCUCCGCAGCCCGAAAACCCGAGCCAUGAGCUGUAG